CGAACAAACAAGUAAUCAAAAUAUUCUAGUACCCACCCUCCACCAGAUAAAAUACAUAUCCCAAAUCCCAAGAAACCCACUUUCCGGUCACCGGAACCCCAAACCCCCACCAUGCCGGCGUUCAAAACCCCCUUCAACGGCUACGCCGUCAAAUUCAGCCCAUUCUACGAGCAACGUCUCGCCGUCGCCACCGCCCAAAACUUCGGUAUCCUCGGCAACGGCCGCCUCCACGUCAUCGACCUCUCCCCCGCCGGCCCCAUCUCCGAAAUCGCCGCCUUCGACACCGCUGACGGCGUCUACGACGUUUCCUGGUCGGAAUCCCACGAUUCCCUCCUUAUCGCCGCCAUAGCCGACGGCUCCGUCAAGUUAUACGAUCUUAACCUCCCACCCACUUCCAACCCCGUCCGAUCACUCGCCGAGCACACGCGUGAAACCCACUCCGUUGACUAUAACGCCGUUAGGAGAGACUCGUUUAUUUCAUCAUCAUGGGAUGAUACUGUUAAGUUAUGGACGAUUGAUAGACCCACGUCCGUUAGGACGUUUAAAGAACACGCGUAUUGCGUGUACUCCGCGGCGUGGAAUCCCCGACACGCGGAUGUGUUUGCAUCCGCGUCAGGGGAUUGCACGGCGCGGAUAUGGGAUGUUCGUGAGCCGGGGUCAACUAUGAUCCUCCCGGCUCACGAGUUUGAAAUAUUGUCAUGUGAUUGGAAUAAGUAUGAUGAUGCGGUUAUCGCGACUUCGUCGGUUGAUAAAUCGGUUAAGGUUUGGGAUGUGAGGAAUUACAGAGUCCCGGUUGCGGUUUUGAAUGGGCAUGGGUACGCUGUUAGGAAAGUGAAGUUUUCGCCGCAUAGGGGGAGUGUGAUUGUGUCGUGUUCGUAUGAUAUGACGGUUUGUAUGUGGGAUUAUAUGGUGGAGGAUUCGUUGAUUGGGAGGUAUGAUCAUCAUACGGAGUUUGCGGUUGGUGUUGAUAUGAGUGUGCUUGUUGAAGGGUUGUUGGCGAGUACCGGAUGGGAUGAGCUUGUUUAUGUUUGGCAACACGGGACUGAUCCAAAAGCUCCUUGAUUAUAAUGGUGAUUUUGAUCUUUUUCGAUGUUUCUGUUAGUGUGAUUUAUAUUAGAAUUCAAGUGUUUCUUGAUAAAUAGCAUGAUCUAUACGUGUUCUGUGGGAUACUUUGCCUGUUGUUUAUUGUUGGAUGAUCAAUGCAUUGCAUAUGGUGUUCAAAAGGUUUGAUCUUGUUCAGGAAUAAUGAUACCAUUUAACAUAAUCAGUUUACGUAAA